CGGCCGUCUCGUUUUCUGUUUAUUGUUUGGAGCACCCCGCGUCUGUUCCCUUCUAAAUAACCGAAUUUAAUCAAAUUAAAACGCGCCGCGUAAACAAUACGAUAGUUUUAAUUAAAAUGCCGUAGACGAUAAAUACUUUGUGGCGGAACUUUAAAGUCUGGAAGUUAUUCGCGUGUUGGAAAAGCCGAAAUUUAGUUUUGAUAGUUUCUAAUGGCUUCCCUUUGCGUCCCCCGCAUCUUCUAGACAAUGACAGUAGAAUUUUUCACGUGAUAUUUUCCAAAUAAAUAGUGCAUUAUGACUUAGAUAUCGCUUUUUAAAUUAAUUUUAUUAAAUUAAUUGUAAUCGUUUAAUGUUAUAAUGAGCUCGAACGAACAAAGCCACUUCAAUGGUGCUCCAUCACAGGCUGAAAAUAGUGAAGUCAGCACACAACGACCACCUCCUGCCACAUCUGUUCCGACCGAUCUUCGCGUAAACACGACGGCGUUAAAUGCGGUCGCUUUAAGCAGUGUCGCUAAAUACUGGGUGCUUACAAAUUUAUUACCCGGCCCGAUACCGCAGGUGUCCGUCUAUGGGCUGCCUACUUCCGGACGUGGUGAUAAUCAAAACAAAAUUACACAGGAAGCCAUGCUGAGUCAACACGGUGGACUUUUGCAAGCCGAUCCGCUACUUUUACAGCAGCACGCUCAAAUACCGGUCAGCAUAUCAACGUCGCAGGGCAUCACAAAUUUGGCGAUACCGGCAAACGCGAUGCAUUUGGAGAGUUCGCAGAGUCACAACCAAACUUUAUCCAAUCAUCACCAGCAUUCCGACGGACACGUUAUAGUUAGUCCGUCGCAGGCGCAACUGUCUCAGUUACAGAACAGCCAGAAUCACGCGCAGCAAUCGCAACAGAAUAUUGUACAGGUACAAGUUCAGGAUAAUUUGGUGUCGGUUAUUGAAGAUACAAAGGAUCACAAAGAUUUAAUAUCAUCACAGUUGGCGCAAGCGCAAAUACACCUCAACGAAAAUCAGCAGUUGGGCCAGCAAACCCUGACCGUUCAGCAGUUGCAACACCUACAAGUACAGCAAGUCUUAGAUAACGUCGUACGUAUGGAAAGUGGAGUCGAUACCAAUCAGAAUCAGUCGGAACAAGACCCAUUGUCGGUACCCGAUACUAUGCCAAUCAUAAAGGAUGAAAAGGGUCUGCAAAACUGCACAAAGUUGCUUACCGCCCAAUUCGGUUUACAGGAUAGCAAGGCGAAUCUGAUGGACAUCCGCACUGUCGACGGACAAAUAGUCAAAAUUGCUGCCGGUAUUCAAGAUCAAGAUUUAGCGAAGACGUUAGGUGUAGAAAUGGUGCAGAACAUGUACAAAGUUAACGUGGACGAUAUUAAUCAGUUGCUGGCAUAUCACGAAGUUUUCGGUAAGUUACAGGGUGAAAUCACGACGGGACAGGCGAACGUGACCGCGAACAACGCCAACGUAAACCUACAACAGGCCGGAAACGCGAUCGCUAGCAACAUUCAGAUUGUUACGCCGAAAACUCUGAACGAGAACGUCCUCGAGGCGUCCACGAGUGCGAUUGCCGCCGACAGUCCUCCUUCCAUCAUUCCCGGAAAUCACGUGUGCGAUUUGUGCGGGAAAAUGUUUCAGUUUCGUUAUCAAUUAAUCGUGCACAGACGUUACCAUAUCGAACGCAAGCCGUUCACGUGCCAGGUGUGCGGUAAGGCGUUUAUGAACGCCCAAGAACUGACGAGGCACGGUAAAUGCCAUUUGGGCGGCAGCAUGUUCACUUGUGCUGUAUGUUUUCACGUGUUCGCGAACGCGGCGUCUCUGGAGCGACACAUGAAAAGACAUUCGACUGACAAACCGUACAAUUGUAACAUUUGCGGUAAAUCGUUCGCGCGAAAGGAACAUUUGGAUAAUCACACAAGAUGUCAUACCGGAGAGACGCCUUAUAGAUGUCAGUAUUGCGCGAAAACGUUUACUAGGAAGGAGCAUAUGGUGAAUCACGUUCGGAAACAUACAGGUGAAACGCCACAUCGCUGUGAGAUCUGUAAAAAAUCUUUUACGCGAAAAGAACAUUUCAUGAAUCACGUCAUGUGGCACACGGGCGAAACUCCGCACCACUGCACGAUUUGCGGCAAGAAAUACACAAGGAAGGAACAUUUGGCGAACCACAUGAGGUCGCACACGAACGAUACGCCGUUCCGUUGCGAGAUUUGCGGAAAAUCGUUCACGCGCAAAGAGCACUUUACAAAUCACAUAAUGUGGCACACCGGCGAGACCCCGCACAGGUGCGACUUUUGUUCCAAAACGUUUACACGAAAAGAGCAUCUUUUGAAUCACGUCCGCCAGCACACGGGGGAGUCUCCGCAUCGAUGCGCGUAUUGCGCGAAGUCGUUCACGCGCAAGGAACAUCUCAUCAACCACGUUCGGCAACACACGGGCGAGACGCCUUUUCGUUGUAACUACUGUCCUAAAGCGUUCACGCGGAAAGAUCACUUGGUUAAUCACGUGCGGCAGCACACGGGCGAAUCUCCUCACAAGUGCACGUAUUGCACGAAAUCGUUCACCCGAAAAGAGCAUUUGACCAAUCACGUUCGCCAACACACGGGCGAAUCGCCGCACCGUUGUCAUUACUGUUCCAAAUCGUUUACGAGAAAGGAGCACUUGACGAACCAUGUUCGUAUUCACACGGGCGAGUCUCCGCAUCGCUGCGAAUUUUGUCAGAAGACCUUCACGAGGAAGGAGCACUUGACCAAUCAUUUGCGACAGCACACCGGCGAAACCCCCCACUGUUGCGAAGUCUGUUUUAAGCCGUUCACCAGAAAGGAGCAUUUAGUAAAUCAUAUGCGGUCGCACACUGGAGAGCGUCCGUUCUCCUGCACUGAGUGUGGAAAAUCAUUUCCGCUUAAAGGCAAUUUGCUCUUCCACCAACGUUCGCAUAAUAAAGGCGCAGACGCCGAUAGGCCUUUUAGGUGCGAUCUCUGUGAUAAAGAUUUUAUGUGCAAGGGUCAUUUGGUUUCGCAUCGAAGGUCGCAUACAGGAGAACGUCCGCACGCCUGCCCCGACUGUGGUAAAACGUUCGUGGAAAAAGGAAACAUGCUACGCCAUUUACGGAGGCAUACAGUUGAGAACGGGCAGGCGCAGUCCGCAACGAACCAGGUGGUUGUAAAUACUAUCGUAAGUCAACCACAAACAAGCACACCAUCCGUACAAUCGUCCGCCACAGCCACCAUUCAAAUUCCCCAAGUGAGUCAGAGUUUAACGAGCCCAGUUGCAAUCGUAAGUACUGGCAAUAUUGCACAUUUGCCAAUACAUCAGCAGAGUAAUCAUCGUGUGGUUUCCACGGCCAGUUCUCCGCCCGUGCAAACCACAACCACCAUUCAAGUUCCGCAAGUAAGUCAGAGUUUAACGAGUCCGGUUUCGUCGGCAAAUAUCGUUAGCACCGGUAAUAUUGUACAACAAACUCACCUGUCGAUGCACCAACAGUCUAAUCAUCCCGUCGUUCCCGCCGUUAGUACCAGUAUUUUGGCAUCGUAUUCAUAGAACUUGAUCAAAAGUAGUAGUUUCAACGGGUACUUGGAUUCCAUUUAGCUUUACAUAGUAUUAAAUUAAUCAAUCUUAAGAUUUUUUCAAAUGUGUAGGGUCACAAAUGCAAUGGCGUGGAAAGGACACGAAUACCUUUUUAGCAAUUUCUAUUUAACCUCAAAAAUUUCAACUGAAUCUAGAAAAUUUCUUUUUAAGGUAAAUAUAGAGAGCUUUCUUCCGUACUGAUUGAAAGCGAUAUUUGUCUAUUGGAAUUGUCUAAUCCCACGAUUAGGCACAAUAAGAGCAGUUUUCACCAAUUUUUUUUUUAUUUUCUCUUCUCUUACCUAGUGCACUAUGAAGCUGUAGGUGUAGGUGUUCUUAGGUAAGUGUCACAAAUAUUUGGGUGUCAAAAAUAAGUGUCCGUUUUUUUUUGGUAUGCGAUUUUUUAAAAAACAUUGGAGGGUCAUGAAAAUAAAACUAACAUUUGAUUUCUGAAUAUUUCAAAAGCACAUCUUAAUCGCCGUUUUUGGUAUCAGUAUGUAAACUUAAUUACAAAUUAGUACCAGCCGUGGCUGAAACCCCGCCCACUA